GUGCAUCACAUGAAGGAUGCGCACAACCCAGCAACUGUCCUCCGCUUCCUGUUAGUGUGCACCGUCAUUGCCUCGCGUACGCCGGUUGCGCACCCUCCUAACGUGCGCAUCCGUUCUCUCCAAGAUCAAAAUCCAACCAAUAGUUACAACCUCAAAACCACCGCCUCUGUCGCUAAUCAAGCACAUCGGUCCAAUCCCACCGCCGACGCCGAGAUCUCCCCUCCGACGAGCCUCGCCGCCAUGUCCAAAGCUCGCGUCUACUCCGACGUCAAUGUCAUCCGCCCAAAAGAGUACUGGGACUACGAGUCCCUCACCGUUCAAUGGGGGGAUCAAGAUGAUUACGAGGUUGUUCGCAAAGUAGGAAGGGGAAAAUACAGUGAGGUUUUUGAAGGGAUAAAUGUGAAUAGCAAUGAGCGUUGCAUUAUCAAGAUCCUUAAGCCUGUGAAGAAAAAGAAGAUAAAGAGAGAGAUAAAAAUACUCCAGAACCUUUGUGGGGGGCCAAAUAUAGUAAAGCUUCUUGAUAUUGUUAGAGAUCAGCACUCAAAAACUCCUAGCUUGAUAUUUGAGUUUGUGAACAGUACUGAUUUCAAAGUUUUGUACCCCACACUGACUGAUUAUGACAUUCGCUACUACAUAUACGAGCUUCUCAAGGCAUUAGAUUUCUGUCAUUCACAAGGAAUAAUGCACAGAGAUGUCAAACCUCACAAUGUUAUGAUAGACCACGAGUUGCGAAAACUUCGCCUGAUAGACUGGGGUCUUGCAGAAUUUUACCAUCCUGGAAAGGAGUAUAAUGUUCGUGUUGCUUCAAGAUAUUUCAAGGGUCCUGAGCUUUUAGUUGACUUGCAAGAUUAUGACUAUUCUCUGGAUAUGUGGAGCCUCGGCUGCAUGUUUGCUGGAAUGAUAUUUCGCAAGGAACCAUUCUUUUAUGGUCAUGACAACCACGAUCAGCUUGUCAAAAUUGCCAAGGUACUUGGGACUGACGAGUUAAAUGCAUAUUUAAACAAAUAUCACCUAGAGCUUGACCCACAACUUGAUGCCCUUGUUGGAAGGCACAGCCGGAAGCCCUGGUCUAAGUUUAUUAAUGCAGAUAAUCAGCAUCUAGUUUCUCCAGAGGCGAUUGAUUUUCUUGACAAGCUUCUUCGGUAUGAUCAUCAGGACAGGCUUACUGCAAGAGAAGCAAUG